GCGAGCGGUGCGCUCGGCUCAGAGGCGGCUUUACCACCUCCUUCUUCUCUUCCUUCUCCGGUUUCUCUUCCCUCGUCGCUCGUGUUUCUUCUUCGUUCCCCUACCAACCCCACGGUGAGAAGUCGACAGUCAGUCGAUUCGGUUGCUCGUUCCCUUCCUCCCCUUCCUCGUACGCUUUACCUUUCUUCUUCCUCCUCCUCUUCUUCUUCGUCUUGCACUUCUUCUUCUCGCGGGUCGAGAGUUUAGCUGGAGGCUGGCGAGCCGGAGACACUCCGAUCGUGCUCUCUUCUCGCAGGAACGGGAGAAGACCAGGGGGAGAUAGAAGGAGCGAGAGAAGAGGGGGCGAUAUCCCCCGGUGAUCGACGUCGGGGAAGAGCGAGUGGUCGUCGCGGAAGGUUCCAAGAGGAAGGCAAACUCUCCUCUUCUCUCGGCCCGGUCCUUUCGGCGGAGGAAUUCCUAGCGCUGGCGUGGCUCGGCGCGACUCGGCCGCCUCCACCUUCCUUCCUUCCCUCCACCCGGAGUUCCAUUCAGAGCCCUCCCUGGAUGGGACGGUCUGCACACACCAUCGGUCCGCUCGGUGCCCGGUUCCGCGCGAUAUUUUGUGACCGGCCUGUCUGUGCGUGCGGUGCUCGUGCCUUAAGUCUGUGCUACACUCGGCUCCCUAGACCCAUCGAGGAAUAGGGAGGUCGACAUGACCCGGUUGGGAUUGCGAUUCAUCGCAUCCGCAGUUUGCCUGGCCGGGAUAGUUAGUGGGCAAUUGAAUCAUACAUCAAGGCCACUACCGGUACUGCCGCUGGAACGAGGUGAUAUCGAAGGGCCUGCAAGCAGUAACGAUGAAGAAUACGACGCUUCGUUGGGAUGGAGAGAAUUAAACAGAUUUAUUACGGACAACGAAGGAUCCGAGGAUCCGAGAAAGCGGAACAGCAGUUUCACGGCUGGUCAUUACAGUCCCGACGAGAGGACUCGACAAUGGAAUUACUAUAGGAAUAGGAGCAAUCCUUACGGUCAAAGUUAUCCGAGCCCGUAUCCUUACGAUCGACAAUCGCAGAGUGGCUACGAUAGAUAUCCUGACGCCGCGGGAUCAGGAACUGACGAAAAUCGACCGCCCGGUUAUCCCAGCGGUCACGGCGAAGGAUACGUCGAUACAUACAGCGGUGCCGGUGAAAAUGAACGAGGAGGAGGAGGAGGAGGAGGUUCUUACAAUUACGGCCAAGGAGGUUCUGGUGAUUCUUAUAGUGGCGGUUAUGGGGGGAAUUAUGAUGCGAGAGGUGCGGAUGCUUAUGGUCGUGGAAGCGGCGGUCGUGGAGGAGGAGAUGCUUAUGGUGGCGGUCGUGGGGGUGGAGAUGCUUAUGGUGGCGGCCGUGGGGCUGGAGAUGCUUAUGGCGGUGGUCGAGGAGACGGAAAUACUUACAGUGGCAGUCGCAGGGGCGGUUAUGGUGGUCAGGGUGCCAGUCUCUCCACCGGAGACAACGAAAAUUAUCCAAGCAAUUACCACGUGGUACCAAUGCCUGGAGCACCUAGUAAUUGCACCGGAUCUGGAUGCUGCGUGCCCAAGUGUUUCGCCGAAAAGGGGUCACGGGGGCCUCCUGGAUUAAUCGGACCGCAAGGUCCUAAGGGACAACGAGGUUUCCCAGGAGCGGAGGGUCUUCUAGGUCCUAAAGGUGAAAAAGGAGAUCCCGGCCCGCAAGGUCCGCACGGUGUGAAAGGUGACAGAGGAAAAACCGGUAUGCCUGGCUUUCCCGGUAUAAAUGGCGUGCCUGGAGUACAAGGACCACCGGGAUCUCCUGGUUUUCCCGGUCGUGAUGGAUGUAACGGAACUGACGGUGCUCCCGGACGUGACGGUGUUCCUGGAGAACCGGGACCUCGUGGUUUUCGAGGAGUUCCCGGUCCUAAAGGAGAAAAGGGUCAACCAGCGUAUGCCGGUUCUUUCCCCAUCGGACAAAAAGGUGAACCCGGUAUGGACGGUGUAAGAGGACCCCCCGGUCCACCUGGUUUGCAAGGAGAUCGAGGCCCAUCUGGCCCAAAAGGUGAACGAGGUCCUUAUGGCUCCCCCGGCAUACCAGGUCCGAAAGGAGAGAAAGGUAACAUGGGUCUUGGAUUCGAAGGAUUGAAGGGAGAUAAAGGUCAAAAAGGAGAUCCAGGACCUCCCGGUUCGACUGCGCCUAUUAUGCCGUUCUCGGGAGUUUCGGAAGUAACUGGUCCGCCCGGAGAACCAGGACAAAAAGGAGAUAAGGGUGAAUCGGGACCGGAAGGGCAAAGAGGAGAACCAGGAUUCAUAGGCGAUCACGGUAUACCCGGAGGACCAGGUCACAAAGGCGAGAAGGGUCUUCCGGGAGCUCCAGGUAUUCGUGGUAGAGAUGGUUUCUCUGGCCCUCCUGGACCACCUGGACGAAAAGGUGAUCGAGGUAUUGAUGGAUUGGAAGGACUUUCUGGACGCCCCGGCAAGAAAGGAGAACCUGGUCGAGAUGGACCAAUGGGUGUCCCAGGAUUACGUGGACCUCCUGGACCACCGGGAGGUGGUAAAGGAAGACCAGGACCACCGGGACCUAAAGGACCACGUGGUUUCCCAGGACCUACCGGACCGCGAGGAGCAGAUGGUUUUCCCGGAGAUCCAGGACCAAGAGGUCCUAUAGGCUUACAAGGAGGUCCCGGAUUACCCGGAAUUCCAGGUCCAGAAGGUUUACCGGGAGAGAAAGGUGCGAAGGGUGAGCCUGGUUUGACUGGAUUUCCCGGAGGCCCAGGACCACGUGGAUUUGACGGACCACCAGGACCCACAGGACCGCGAGGUCCGCCAGGAGAAAAAGGAUUAUCGAUAAUGGGUCCAAAAGGAAUGGAUGGAACGCCCGGUUUUGAUGGAGAAAAGGGUCAGAAGGGAGAACGAGGUUACGCAGGUGUCCGGGGACGACCGGGAGAUUCUUUAGAUGGUAUUCCAGGAGCUCCUGGUGCACCGGGUGAGCCUGGAGAAGCGGGAGCACCUGGAAGAGACGGUAUACCGGGUCUUCCCGGACCGAUGGGAGAAAAAGGAGAUAUUGGCGGUCGUUGCAUAGAUUGUUUACCGGGAUCGCGAGGCCCAAAGGGAGAUCGCGGUACGGAUGGUAUCCCGGGUCUUACCGGACCCCGAGGACCGCCCGGAGAACGCGGCUUCCCUGGAGAACCUGGACUAGACGGAUUACCAGGCACAAUCGGACCUCCGGGACCGCCAGGAAAGGAUGGUAUACCCGGUUCUCCAGGACCUCAAGGAGAGCCUGGAACUCCAGCGACAGUGACAUGGAAUAUGCUUAAACUAGAGAAAGGUGAUAAAGGAGCACGCGGUGAACCCGGUCGACAAGGUCCGCCAGGACCAGAAGGACCUCCGGGAGAGAAGGGAAGACCUGGAUUUGAAGGAUUCCCAGGACUUAAAGGCACUCCAGGAGAUCGCGGAUUUCCUGGACAGGAUGGUGUUCCAGGAAGACCAGGUACGCCUGGACGCAAAGGAGAGAAAGGAUUAAGCAUAAAGGGUGAACCAGGAAUACCAGGUAGACCAGGAUCUGCAGGACAAAAAGGAGAACCCGGUCUAUAUGGUCCUAAGGGCGAAGCUGGUCAAUGUCCGCCACUCCGGUUUAUGAAAGGUUUCAAAGGUGAUCGAGGUUUAACUGGAGAUAAGGGAGAACUUGGACCACCUGGUAAAGAUGGAUUGCCUGGCGAUAAAGGCUUGCAAGGUUUACCGGGUGCAGCUGGUGUACCCGGUCCAAUCGGUGCUCCUGGACCGGUAGGUCCGAGAGGUUUACCUGGCCCACGUGGUGAUAAAGGCAACAUGGGACCUAUGGGAUUCCCAGGAGAACCUGGUCGGGAAGGACCUAGAGGUUUUCCGGGUGCUCCGGCUCCGAAAGGGGAAAAAGGAGAACCUGGAAUAUCCGUCAAGGGCAGUCCUGGUUUAACAGGUCCUCCGGGUGAAAAGGGAGAGAAGGGUCUUCCAGGACCACCCGGAAAAGAAGGUCCAGUAGGUUAUCCGGGAUUACCAGGCUUUGCUGGCGACAAAGGAGAUAUCGGCGCACCGGGAAUAAAUGGUUUACCGGGAGCACCCGGUGAAAAAGGAGAUACUGGUCCAGUUGGUCCACCUGGUCCUCCAGGUGUUGCUGGUCUUCCAGGAACCGAUGGAAACAAAGGCGAGCCAGGAUUACCAGGAGAACCUGGUAGAGCGGGUCUCCCAGGAUUCCCAGGUGCAAAAGGUGAUCGUGGUGAACCAGGUAUUGAUGGAGCAAAAGGAUAUCCAGGCAGACGAGGUUUGCCUGGAACACCAGGAAGACCUGGCGUAGAUGGUGAACCGGGUCUUAAAGGAGAACGCGGUGAUAAAGGUUCGCCAGGAUUCCCUGGAUUACCGGGUAUGGAAGGAAAGCCUGGUCGCCCUGGUAUAGCCGGCUUGAAAGGAGAUCUAGGACCACCCGGUCCGCCCGGUUUACCGGGACUUAUCGGUUACGAAGGAGCUAAGGGCGAUACUGGAUUACCAGGACCCCCGGGAAGAAAAGGAGAACCAGGACAAGUUUCGGAAAAAGGACAGAAAGGUGAGCCAGGAAUGCCUGGAAUACGAGGUCCUCAAGGUCCUUCAGGACGAGAUGGUUUUGAUGGAGCAAAGGGAGAACCUGGUAGACCAGGUAUUGGUCGUGAUGGAUUGCCUGGAUUGAAAGGUGAAGCAGGUGUACCUGGUCGUGAUGGAUUGCCAGGAUUUCAAGGUCAAAAGGGUGACACUGGCGUACGAGGAUUCCCCGGAAUAAAAGGCGAUUUUGGUCCACCGGGUGCACCCGGAGAACCAGGAUCGCCCGGAAUAGAUGGACUUCCUGGAGAAGUUGGUGAUAUUGGACCACCGGGAGUACCUGGUUUCCCUGGACUUGAUGGCGAAAUAGGUUCUCCUGGUCGGCCUGGACUUGAUGGCGUUAAAGGAGAUCGCGGUUUACCAGGACUUGUCGGAUUGCCUGGUAUUCCUGGAGCAUCUGGAGAAAAGGGAGACCGCGGCCCUCCGGGACCAACAAUUCAAAUUAAGGGUGAGAAAGGUGAGCCAGGUAUACCUGGAUUUCCUGGAGCGAAAGGGGAAAAAGGAGAUCAAGGACUGAUAGGUUUGGCUGGUUAUGACGGUGAAAAGGGUGACAGAGGUUUACCUGGACCAGAAGGAUCUCCUGGACCUCAUGGUGCUCCUGGACCUAAGGGUGAACAAGGACCUUCCGGUAUUCCUGGAAUUCCCGGAGCUACGAUAAAGGGUGAGAAAGGUCUGCCAGGUCUGAUGGGUAAGCACGGUAGAGAUGGAUUACCAGGUCGACCCGGAGAAAAGGGUGAGCAAGGAUUGCCUGGUUUGCCUGGACAGAAGGGAGAUAUUGGUCCUUAUGGACCCGUUGGGCCGCAAGGUGAAAAAGGUAAUCCAGGUCCACCAGGUCUGACUGGACCAUCAGGACGCGAUGGAGCUCCUGGACUUGAAGGUAUACCAGGAUUACCUGGUGAAAGAGGUCCAAAGGGUGAUCAAGGAUUGCCUGCAUUACCUAGCCCCCCAGGAGAGAAAGGAGAACCUGGUCUUCCAGGACCAAUUGGAUUGGAUGGACCUGCAGGAGAAAAGGGUGAAAGAGGUUGGGACGGUGUUAAUGGUCUACCUGGACCUCCUGGCGAGAAGGGUGAUAGAGGAUAUACUGGUGCAGUUGGAUUGAUGGGUGCUAUCGGUUAUAUAGGUCAAAAAGGUGAAAAGGGUGAGGACUGUAUCGAGCCACCGAUGGGACCUAAAGGAGAUCGCGGAUACCCUGGAUCAUCCGGACCGCCAGGUCCUCCAGGAGAGAAAGGACUUCCGGGUCCGCCCGGUUUCCCCGGCUUGGACGGUAUCAAAGGCGAGCAAGGUUUCAUCGGUCCAGCAGGACCUCCCGGACUGCCAGGAUUACCUGGACCAGUCGGUGCGCCCGGUCUACCAGGUCUUCAAGGUCCGGCCGGUUUGCCUGGACUUGUCGGGGAGCCUGGUGCACCGUGCGAAGCGACACCUGACUAUCUCACCGGUAUCCUUCUGGUAAAGCACAGUCAAAGUCAAACCGUGCCGGUUUGUGAGCCAGGUCACAUCAAGCUCUGGGAAGGAUACAGUUUACUCUACACCGAUGGAGACGAAAGGGCGCAUUCUCAAGAUUUAGGUUACGCCGGCUCGUGUGUCAGAAAAUUUUCAACGAUGCCCUUCCUGUUCUGCGACGUCAACAACGUCUGCCAUUAUGCUAGUCGCAAUGAUCGUUCUUACUGGCUAUCGACCAAUAGUCCAAUUCCCAUGAUGCCCGUCGAGGAAACGGCGAUAAGAGAUUACAUUUCCAGAUGCGUGGUGUGCGAGGUUCCGGCUAAUGUGAUAGCGGUACACAGUCAAUCGAUAAGCAUUCCAGAAUGUCCGACUGGAUGGACCACUCUUUGGAUCGGUUAUAGUUUUGUAAUGCACACCGGCGCCGGUUCCCAGGGCGGUGGCCAGUCCCUGUCGAGCCCCGGUUCCUGCCUGGAGGACUUCCGCGCCACACCGUUCAUCGAGUGUAACGGCGCUAAAGGACACUGCCAUUACUAUUCUAAUCAGUACAGCUUCUGGAUGGUUACUAUAGAGGACGGCCAGCAGUUCAGGAGCCCCGAGAAGCAGACUCUAAAGGCGGGCAAUCUUAGGUCCCGAAUAAGUCGCUGCCAAGUUUGUAUAAAGAACACGUAAAAGCACACGUGCGCCAUCUUUUAUACGCAAAAAAAAAAACA